AUGGAGCGCGAGCUGGAGGCGCUGGCGGCGCCCGCGAGCCCGGCCGAGCCGCGCUUCCGGGCGCUGGUGGAGGCGGCGGGCGGCCGCGGGCAGGUGCUGCUGGUGGGCGAGCUGUGGGAGCGCGAGCAGAGCCGCGCGCUGCUGCGGGACUUCGCCCGCGCCGUCUUCCCGCCGGAGCCAGCCUCGGGCAAGCCGGGCUGCGCGGAGACGGAGGGCGCGGGGCCCGCGGCGGCCAGCGGGCCGCAGAGGUCACCGGGGGUGGCGACGGCGGCGCGCGGCAUCCGCUCGCCGCUCGUGUUCGUGCUGUGCCGCGCGUCGUCGCUGGCAGCCCGGGAGCCGCGGCGUCGGCUGCGGGAGAUGCUGCGGGAUGUGCGCGGCCGGCGACCCGCCGGCGCGGCGUUGGUCGGGGUGCUGGUGGCCGAGGCGGGGCCGGAGGACGCGGUGGCACCGGGGCUGCGGUUGCUAGAGGCGCUGCUGCGCGCCGUGUUCGGCCGCCAGGCAGGGGGCCCCGUGCAGGCUGCCGCCUACUGUCCCGGCUGCCCGGCCUCCAGCCUGGCUGUCCAGGCGGCCGCCUGCCGGGCCCUGCAAGCUGCGGGACCCGGGCGACCAGAAGGCGCCUGGGAGAGGCCUGGCCUACCAGGACUGCUGUCCUGCUUUUCCUGGGGUCCCUGGAGCCAGAGGAAGGACCAAGAUGCUACUACCUCCAGAGACCCAGCUCAGAGGAACUCCCAGGACUCAGAGGAGGAGCUGGCACUGACAGCCAUGUUUCCCAACGGAGACUGUGAAGACCAGAGGAGUGAGCCUAGAGUUGUCCACAUGCCCCCUGAGCCCAUGGGAAGCACAGGAUGAAGGCUGGACUCUGGGACUGUCCCUGGCUCUGACCUAUGGCCUGGGGCCUGGCCCUUCUCAUUGAGCCCCCAUGUCUCCAUGAUGACCUCAGCUGAUGGUGACUCUAAAGACUCCACCUGCUUGGGGGCCUGCCUCCUUCACUGAGCCAGCAAGGCAGUGGGACUUGCUAGGACAAGCAGGACCUAGGAGAAGCUGGGACCUACUCCCCACUUAGCA